GCAGAUCGCCACCGUCAGCAUCUCCAGUGGCCAUGUGGGACCCUGCGGCGCCAGCACCGCUGAGGGGAGCGGCGUGGGCAGGGCAGGCUCCUUGCUCGCCCUGCCCAGCCGGGUCCCUAAAGUCCGGCCUUCCUCCGGGCACCCUCCCAAAGACAGCCGGACCUUCCCCGUCCCUUGUGCAGGGAGCUGGAGCUGCAUCCCCCUCUUAUGCUUGCUCCGGGCUGGUGCCCGCCGCAGUCCCGUCCGGCAGUCGGGAGGAAACUUCCAUACUCGAAUAUUGUCACCUCCGAUUCAUCAUUCAGCAGCAUCUGACACUUCAAAGCCCGGAGCAGCUCUCACCGCUGCGUGACUCUGCCUUGAAUUGACAUAUGAGACACCGGCGGCUGCCUUCCUGUGCUCCCUGAGCCAAGGGAUUUGUUACAAUGGAUUUCUCCCGGACCUGUGCAGUGUGUGCUCAGCAGAGCCUUCUCUAGCCUAAGAGCUGACCAGCACAAGGCAACCAAGAUGACAACUGAACCAAUUAAAGAGAUCCCGGGCACUCCAAAGCAUCCUGAUCCUGUGACCAUGGAGAAGAGCAAUAACAAUGACUGUGUGAUCACCACCAUCCCCCUGGUCAGUGAGUGCCAGCUGACAGCAGCCACGGGGGGAGCAGAACUCUCCUGUUACCGCUGCACCAUCCCCUUUGGCGUGGUUAUCCUCAUAGCCGGCAUUGUGGUGACCGCCGUGGCAUACAGCUUCAAUUCCCACGGAUCCAUCAUCUCUGUCUUUGGAUUAGUCCUCUUGUCAUCAGGACUCCUUUUGCUGGCUUCUAGUGCAGUCUGCUGGAAAAUCAGGCAGCAAAACAAGAAAGCCAAGCGUCGGGAGAGCCAGACAGCGCUCGUGGCACACCAGCGAACCUUGUUUGGUUAGAGACAUCCCAGGGAGGGCUGGGCAGAAGGCAGAGCCUCUGUAGGUCAACCUGGCUGUUCAUCCAUGAGAGAAACUGCAGGCUUUAAUUUAACUUUGGAAAUGAACUGAAAUGAGAAAGGAGUGGAUUAAGAAGUGCUCUCAAAGACUCUGCAAGUGCUCUUAACAUUUUCCUUCCUGCAGCCUCGGGAGUGAUUCUUUCCGAGACGGAGGAAAAUCCACUUGUCCUCCCCAGGGAGCAGGAUCAUCUGAACUGCAAUCAUCCUGACUGCACUCCCCAGCGUGCUGAGGGUGUUGGAAAGGGAGAACCCUGUGAGAACUAAGGAAAUAAUUUGAACUGACUUGAAAUGCCAGAGAUCUCCUUAAAAUACACACUGUGACGUUUGACCAAGGGAGAAGCCACAGCGUCUGAAGUGACUGCAAGCUCCCGGCCUGUGACUUCAACUGGAGCUGCAAACAGAUCCCCUCCCCUGACAAAGCAAUAACAACCAAACCCUCUGCAGAUUGCUCAAUAAGCUGAUUCUUAUAUUUUAUGUAACUGUCCCCUCCCAAUAUCUGUGGUACUUUCCCCCCACCCCACCCUUUUUUUUUUUUUAAAACCAACUAAUAUUGAUUUUAUUUUACUAUUGAAUAGCACUAGGUAGGCAGCAACCUGUAAUUAAUUCUAUUGUCUAACCUAAAUAACGAGGUAUGGGUAUAGCUUAAGACAUUAGACUGGUUUUUGUAACUUAAAGUGGUCAGGUUUAGCACUUUUGAUUAUUUUGCUAUAAAAUCCCAAAGUAAAUGUCAUUAAAAUAAUAUUCAGUGCUGCUAGA